UGCCGGUCCGUGAUGUCGGUGGCAGGGCGGCUGCUCCUGCUGUUGAUGUCGCUCGGCUGGGCCCGGCCCGCGGCAUGCACCGACCCGGCGAGCGGCGGCUGGCUGCUGGGCACAGUGCCGGAGGAGCAGCGGUGCACCGUGGAGCGGGCAGACGCCUCCCUCACCUACCCCCUCUUCCUGCAGCGGUUCGCCUUCUCCCGGCCGGUUAUCCUCCAAGGGUUCACGGACAACUCGGCCUUCCGAGCCCUGUGCACCCGGGAGAAGCUGCUGGCGGCCUUCGGGUCCUCCCCGGUGCGGCUCAGCACGGCCAACACCUACUCCUACCGCAAGGUGGACGUGCCCUUCACGGAGUACGUGGAGCAGCUGCUGGAGCCGCAGGAUCCUGGCAGGCUGGGCAGUGACACCCUCUACUUCUUCGGGGACAACAACCUCACGGAAUGGGGCCCCCUCUUCCAGCAGUAUGUUCCCCCCCCCUUCCGCCUCCCGGGGACCAGCCUUGCCUACAGCUUUGGGAUCGCAGGCUCAGGCUCUGGUGUUCCCUUCCACUGGCACGGCCCUGGCUUUUCUGAGGUGAUUUUCGGCAGGAAGCGCUGGUUUCUGUACCCACCGGAGAAAACACCCCACUUCCACCCCAACGAGACAACACUGGCCUGGCUCCACCACACCUACCCCACGCUGCCACCAGCUGAGAGGCCACUGGAGUGCACCCUCCGCCCUGGGGAGGUCCUGUACUUCCCUGACCACUGGUGGCAUGCCACGCUCAACCUGGACACCAGCGUCUUCAUCUCCACCUUCCUGGGUUGUUCUGCUGUUGUUCCUUGUGUGUUGCUCCAUCCCCACCGCCACAGGAGUGGCCUAAGCCCACGCGGACAGGCCCUGGUUCCCAGACCAGGCUCUCCCUGGCUGUCUGCCAUGAACCACCCCAGCUUUGGAUUUUCCACAUUUAUUGCUGAAGUAAUUUUAUUUUCAUAUAUAUAUUUCUUAAGUUGCCACUUCCAGAGGUGUUCCGAAGCCCGGCAGCCACCCGAACACCUGGAGGCUCGGUCGAGUGCAGGUCUGGUGGUUAUUCUGUUGUUUGUCAAGGGAUUUCAGUAAAAGGAAGAAGAACUUUUUAA